AUGGCAAACACCAACGAUGACAAAGGAUCAACAUUGACCACCGCGUCCCCGACACGCCUGCGUCAGAUCGCCUUGGUGGCAGAGGAUCUCGACCGCGCUCAACAUCUCCUGACAACCGUUCUCGGGACGGAAGUCGUCUUUGUCGAUCCGCAGGUUGCGCAAUGGGGGUUGAAGAACUUUCUAGUGGCCAUCGGAGGCGAUCUCAUCGAAGUUGUCGCCCCUUUCAAAGACGACACCACCGCGGGCAGACUGCUCAAGAAGCGAGGCGAGGGAGGGUACAUGAUCAUCAUGCAGACGUUGGACGCCGCAGCGCGGAGAAAGGACAUUGAAUCCCGCGGCCUCGCGAGGGUGAUAUUCAGCCACGCGCACGACGAUGUGCUGUGCGUGCAGUACCAUCCGAAGGGAAUUGCGGGCGGGAUGAUGCCCGAAUUAGACUCGCACGCACCGUCGCCAACGAACCCCACGCCCCUAGAGAGCGCGUUCAGUCCGUGGCACGCCUGUGGGAGUGACUACCACAAGUAUUCGAGCGGGAUGAAGCGCUGUGCGCAUUUAAAGCUGCUCAACACCACGCUGCGUCUGGCGCCGGGGCAAGCAGACGUGGAAGCUGCCGCACGGCAGUGGGAGGACUAUUUCGGGAUCCCACGCGAGGGAAAAAGUCAGUUGGUGUUCACCAAUUCGAGGUUGAGCUUUGUGCCUGGAGUGGAUGGAAAACCGGAGGGGUUGGAGAGCAUCACCAUCGAGGUCAAGGGGAGGAGGAGAUUCGAAGGGAUGUUGGAUGUCGCGAGGAAAGAGGGUCUGUGUGGGGAUGGGUGGAUUAACAUGUUGGGCGUCAAGUGGUACUUUGUGCUCCAGGAAGAUGAGGAUCAAGGUGACCGGAAUCAGAGGGGGAGCAAGUUAUGA